AUGGCGGCUUGUGCUGAACUGAAUUCUGAAUGUAUCGAAGAAUUUCUAUCGUCAUUUAACACUGUCUUAGUAGACUGUGACGGUGUUCUGUGGUGUGGGGAAGACAAUAUCAUUGAGGGGUCACGCGAUACACUUGUGAAACUUAGGAUGUUGGGGAAAAGAGUGAUAUAUUUCUCCAACAACAGUACUAAAUCAAGAUCACAGUACCAGCAAAAACUACACAGAUUAGGAUUUGAAGCAGAACUGAAUGAAAUCAUUUGUGCAACAUCAGUAUGUUGUCAGUACAUAAAAGAUACCCUGAAUAUUGAUGAGAAUGUGUACCUAGUCGGUUCUUCCGGUUUCAUUGAGGAACUAGAUCGCCAUGGUAUUAAGCAUUUUGGAUCAGGAGAAGACCCUGUUGAGGGAAAUUUGACAGAAUGGACCAACAUUGAAUAUAGAACAGAUGUGAAAGCUGUACUGGUUGGUUUUGAUGCACAUUUCAACUAUAUGAAGAUAAUGAAAGCUGCUAACUACUUACGUAAUCCAAACUGUUAUUUUCUGACCAAUGGUCUUGACUUUGAAUUUCCAUUAUUCAAUAAUGACAGGAUAGUUCCAGCGGCUGGUUGUUUUGUUCUACCCAUACAAGCUGCUGCUAAACGAAAACCAACUAUUCUUGGUAAACCGAACAAACUUAUGUUUGAAGCUGUGAAACAGAUUUAUCCAGAUGUAGAUGCCACAAAGUGUAUCAUCAUUGGUGACCGCCUUGAUGUUGAUAUCGAGUUUGGGAAGAGAGGAGGUGGAGAUGAGGGGGUUGUAAGUAAGAGAAGGAGGCUGAGGGGAGCAGUAAGCGAAUGGGAGAGAGCUGUAAGCAAGAGUUGGAGGCCGUGA